AUGAGGCAGGCAGGAAUUUACUCUGGAAUGAUGUGGGGGAAGAAGCCAUGUCCCAACUCUCUCCCACUGUCAAGAAUAAAGAAAAUCAUGAAGCAAUCAGGUGAAGAUGUUAAGAUGAUAUCAUGUGAGGCUCCGUUGGUUUUUGCCAAGGCUUGUGAACUGUUCAUACAGCAGCUCACGGUAAGGUCAUACAAAGUCUCCGUUCAGGCUAAAAAAAGGACUUUGCAGAAGGAUGAUAUCGUCACCGCGGUCAAAGCCACAGAGGUCUUCGACUUCCUUGUGGAAAUGGUCACCGCUUCAAACGCCGAUGAUUGUAUGAAGACGACGAGGGAGAGAACUUAA